AUGGAAGUUUUGUGCAUCUGUGGACAAUGGAUCUCAAAAGAAUAUCUCCAGUGGGAGUUUCUUGUUGAUUUGAAGAGGAAUGCAUCAAUCAUUUCCAUAGAAGAAGAUCUACUGUAUGAAGAUUUGAUGAAGAUUGUCUCUGAAGAUUUUAGUGUUAAAGAGGAAGAAAUCAGUUUGAGUUAUGGUGUUUCUACAGUUCCUCUGAAUGCUCUUCCGGAUUUUAGUCCUGUCCAUAUUGGACUUUUGCGGAGUCUUCUAUAUGAAGGUGUUUCUACAGUUCCUCUGAAUGCUCUUCCGAAUUUUAGCCCUGUCCAUAUUGGACUUUCACCAACCACGAGAGGAGCUGGCGAUAUUAAGGUGAAUAGCUAUUUUAAGACAAAGAGAGAGUUGAUGUUGAGGAUGAAGAAAUGGGCUUUAGAGUGGAAGUUUGAGUACAAGACUGUCUCUUCUAACAAGUCAAGAGUGCUUUUGAGUUGUGUUGAUGAAAAUUGCACGUGGAGGAUGCGUGCUAUCAAGCUACCUCUUUCAGAUUUUUUCGUUGUUAAAAAGUAUGUUCAUGAGCAUACAUGCGAUACAACACACAGGAAAGCCAACCACGGACAAGCAUCUGCAAAGUUGUUGGGUUCUUUGAUUUGCAGCAAUUAUGGAGAAAAAAAGGAAGGUGUCAAACCGAAACAGAUCAUUGAACAGGUCAGGAUGCUGCAUGGUGUUCACAUCAAUUACAAACAAGCUUGGAGAGUGAGAGAAGAAGCUCAGAUUUUGGUUAGAGGGACUCCUGAAGACAGCUAUUACAAUUUGUCUAGGUGGUUGUAUAAAAUCACAGAAACAAACCCUGGUUCCUUGACUUAUCAACAUGUGGAUGCUGCAGGAAAGUUCAAGUAUGCAUUUGUGGCUUUUGGUACUUCGAUAAGGGGAUUCUCAUUGAUGAGGAGAGUUAUUGCAGUAGAUGGUACAUUUCUGAAGGGAAAAUUCAAUGGGACUUUAUUGGCAGCUUGUGCUCAAGAUGAGAAUUAUCAUCUAUAUCCUCUCGCCUUUGCAGUGGUUGACGCAGAAAAUGGCGCCUCUUGGAAAUGGUUCUUUAGAGGUUUGAGCCAGAAGAUCCCGGACGCUUCGGAUCUUGUUUUUGUAUCAGACAGGGCUAACUCCAUUUCUUCAGCGUUGGAGGAUGUAUAUCCCUUAUCUCACCAUGGAAUUUGCAGGAUCCAUCUGCUCCGCAACAUCACUCCUACAUAUGCGAAGACUGGGUUGCUACCUCUGGUGGAAAGCGCUGCUGAUGCCUAUACGUGUCACGAGUUCUGGUUAAUCUUCAAGGACAUAAAGGAUAAAUGUCCUGAAUUGGCUAAGUAUCUGGAAGAUUCUGAUUUUAGGAAGUGGGCACGAAGCUAUGCGCCUGCGAACAAGUAUAAUAUCAUGACUACCAACAUUGCAGAGUCUCUCAAUUCUAUGUUGAGGAUGCCUCAUGAGUUGCCCAUUAUCUCUCUCCUUGAAACUAUCAGAUUGACGAUGACCACUUGGGCCGCAAUGUUGUUGAAUGUGUAUCAAGUUGAUCGAAGCGAGUUUGAGGUGAAGAAUGAAACAAUGAAGUUUGUUGUUGACUUGGAGAAGCGGCAUUGCACAUGUAAUGUUUUCGACAUUGACAAGAUCCCCUGCAUCCAUGCCAUCGCUGCUGCUAAGCAUAUCAAGAGAGAUGAAAACCUUUUUGUUGAUGCUUCUCACUUGACAGAAACGUGGGCUAAAGCUUAUGCUGAAAGCAUACAUCCUGGUGGAGAGUUGUCAACGUCCACCUAUCCAGAGAAUAUUGAUGAACUGUCUUGCUCACCUCCAGCUACCAAAAAGAAAAGUGGACGCCCUCCUACAAAGAGAAAGAGAUCCGUUGGCGAGUUUGGGUUCCUGGAUCUAAAUCUCAGUCCCACAAGUGCAGCAGAUGUGGCACAGGAGGGCACAACAAGAGCACAUGCGAGAGGCCUAUAG